AUGCAACUGCUGGCUGUGUUCCGGUUCAAUCAACCUUGUGCCUCGUGUGCCAUGCUUACAGCAAGCUCACUCGGAACUGGUGUUGGAACGUCGACAUUUGUUUAUGACACCGAUGCAAAUGGCUGCGGAACAGCGACUUGGGAUUGCACAACGACAGGAAAUCUUCUGGUUUCUUUGAUUGUAGACGGUGUACUGAUGUUGCCCCUUGACACGGGUUGUGGAUCAGCAAUGACGACAGCGAAUGAAUUGGUUUGUGAUGGAAAUGGGCAAUGGACAGUUGGGGGAGUUGCUUUCACAACGCUCAGCUGUUUGGUCUCUACUCCUUGUUUAGGC